AUGUCUACCUCACUGCUGUCUUCUGGUAUUAUAUCCUCCAUUUGUUUGAUUUCCGUUCUUCUUUUUGGAACUGGAUGUUCAGUUCGUUACACUCCGGACUGGACCAGUCUAGAUGCUCGACCCCUGCCCCCGUGGUUCGACGAGGCGAAGAUCGGGAUUUUCGUCCAUUGGGGGGUAUUUUCAGUCCCAGGCUAUGGGCAGUUUAGCGAGUGGUUGUGGUGCUGGUGGAAGAACAAGAAACGUUUGGACAUUGUAGAUUUCAUGCGUAAGAACUACCCACCUGGUUUUAAAUACGCAGACUUUGCGCCUCAAUUUCGUGCGGAGUUUUUCAACCCGGCAGACUGGGCUGAUAUAUUUGCAGCCUCCGGAGCCAGGUAUGAUGACAGUCUCUUUUCUUCUCUUAAGAAUGUGCACAAACUUGCUGAAGGCUUUUUGUCUGAAAAAUGUUUCUACCAAAACCCCCUUUUCUCUUCCUUGUAACAACAUGUUCAGGGGCCUCUUUUUGUGUUUGCUGUCUGUUUAGAUAUGUAGUGUUCACAUCCAAACACCAUGAAGGGUUCACAAACUGGCCCUCAGCCACCUCCUGGAACUGGAACUCAGUGGAUGUGGGUCCUCACCGGGAUCUGGUGGGAGAGUUGGGUGCAGCAGUGAGGAAGAGGUAAGGAGAUAAGAGGGGUGCAGCACUCUGUAGAAAAUCUAAAGGGCCGUGGUGCAACUUUAGAUGGGAAGUAAAGCAGGGAACUAGUAUAAGAUAACUGGUUUAAAGGGAUAUUCCAGCGUAAAAUUAAUUUAGACCGUAGACACCCACUCAAGAAAUGAAUAUCUAUAGCCACAAAUAGUGCUCAGAACAGCACCUAACUUCAUCAACAGUACAUAUAGGGUCCCAGCCACAGCACUAGCCACCAAACAUCUUUUUAACUUUGCCUGAUUUCUUUAGCAAAGAGACUAAACACAACUCACCUACUGUCUUCCAGCAGCCGCUUGUUUGUAGCAAGACCUCAGGCCAGUCUAUUACAGACUGCUGCGGGGUGACGCAGCUCAAGGAAGAACAUUUAUGAUCAUUUCGUCAUGGAAAUGCAAUCAGACCGAGACGCUGAGGCAGAAGAACUACGGUGUCUGCAGUGUAAAAUGAUUAUCAUGCAGUUAUUAUUAAAGUUGGUACAACUAGAGAAGCAAGUGGUUGGCAACAUUCAUCUCUCGAGAAACUCUGUGCUAUGGUGUGUUUGACCCUAAAUUAAUUUUGCGCUGGAAUAUCCCUUUAAGUAAUUUCUGGAAAUAUAUUGAUUUUAUGGUUAAUGGAUCAUAUUUGCCAUACUUAUUUUUCUCAUCCCUCAGGUCACUGCACUGGGGUCUCUACCACUCUUUCUAUGAAUGGUUCCAUCCCCUUUACUUGUCCGACCAAGCCUCUGGAUAUAAGACUCAGGAUUUUGUCGCCCUUAAGGCUCUUCCUGAGUUAUACGAUCUCGUGAUGCGGUACAAACCAGAACUUAUCUGGUCAGAUGGGGACUGGGAAGCACCUGAUAGCUACUGGAACUCCACCCAGUUUUUGGCCUGGCUGUAUAAUGACAGCCCAGUCAAGGUAAGCUUUCCCUAUAGCAAGCUUGCUUUGCCACAUUCCAUAAGCAUGAUGCAGAAUCAUCCAUAAUGCAAAUGUGCUGAAACUCCAAGUUCAUUCAUUUUUAGUUUUGUAAACAUAUAAAAUGGAGUUUCCUCUUUGAAGAAAAUAUUGUUUCUGAGGAUGAUUAUUUGUGUUUCUGCAGGAUGUGGUGGUCGUAAAUGACAGAUGGGGUAAAGGUUGUUACUGCAAACAUGGAGGCUACUACAACUGUGCAGACAGGUACACACCUGGUAAGCUUCCCGAUCACAAAUGGGAGAAGUGCCAGUCCAUUGACAAACGCUCCUGGGGCUACAGAAGAAACAUGAAGCUGAGCGAGACCAUGGACCUGCCAUCCAUCAUCAAGGUGACAGGUCACAUUUGAUAGACGAUGCAGAUGAGUGUAUGUGUAGACAUCUUGAAAUUCCUGCUCGUGUUAACCUUGCAUAGUUUUUCUUCAGGACAUGAUGUACGUGGUAGCACUGGGAGGUAACUACCUGCUGAACAUUGGGCCCAUGUCAGAUGGCAUGAUUGCCCCUGUGUUUGAGGAGCGGCUGAGGGGACUUGGAGCCUGGUUAAAGGUCAAUGGUGAGGCCAUCUAUUCAACCAAACCUUGGAGAGUGCAGACAGAGAACAGUACCGUCAGUGUCUGGUGAGACUCAUUUUGAUCAACUCUUUCAUUUAUGUAUUUUUAUACAAUUUUUUGAAACAGGCAAUAUCAGGAGAUAUUGGUAUUAAAACUGUUGUUAUUAUUAUUUGACUUAAAUACCACAUUAACACCUCCACUUCUUUCCACUCUUCCUUGUAUGAGUCUUGUACACAUAUAGGGUAGCAGAGUGCAUGCUGUAGUUUGACCCCUGCCUGUUUGCUCUGAUUGUAGGUACACCUCCAAAAACAGCACAGUUUAUGCCGUAAUACUCAGCUGGCCAUCCAAACUACUAUUUCAGCUCCUAACACCAAAGACAUCCGAGACCACAAAGGUAAGCCGCCGCACACCUUAAUGCCAAAAAUCUCUUGUUUUCUUCAUUUGUCUCUCCAAAAGCUCAACAAACCAUCCUUUAUAUCCACAGGUUACACUGCUAGACUAUCCUGAUUUACCACUAAAGUGGGCACCUGCAGCUGAAACAACAGGACUUCAGAUUCUCAUGCCUGCAAUGCCUGUUUCACAUGGGAAUGCAUGGACUCUGAAACUGGAGGGAGUGGUCUAA